UACGAAUGUUAAUGGAAAAAAUACAAUUGCUAACAAAAAAAUGGAUCAGAGUGAUGUUGAAUUAUCCACUUCAAAAGCGAAUGAGAAAAAAAUUUUAAAUAGCUCGAGUAACACGAAAUCAUCUAAAUUCAAAAAGAAUGAUGAGAAAGCUGUACGUAAUUCUUCAGGUAGCAUACAAACGAGCAAAAAAAGGAAAAAUAGUUUGGAUGACUUUCCUAAUAAUAAUAAUCGAUGUCAACCGCCACCUACCAAAAAGAUAAACGCGGGUGGAGCUGUUGGAUCAUAUGGCCAUAAAGCAUACAACGAUUUUGCGGCUACUAGAGGUAAAGAUUUCCGUGCUCAGAAAACGAAAAAGAAACGUGGUUCAUAUCGUGGUGGUAAAAUCGACUUCCAAUCACAUUCAAUAAAAUUUGAAGACUAA